AUGGACCUUCCAACUAUCUUUCCCCUCAGCAGUGGCAAUAAUGUUCCCGCUGUAGGACUCGGCACAUUUCAGGGCGAUAAAGGUAACGCAUUGGUGAAAGAAGCCGUUACGAAAGCGUUACAGUUGGGAUAUCGGCAUAUUGACGGAGCCCACGCGUACGGAAACGAAAAGCAAAUCGGACAAGCGAUCAAAGAGAGCGGUAUCCCUAGGCAUGAAAUCUUUGUGACUACUAAACUCGCGCAAACCUGGCAUGAACCUGCCGACGUCCAGAAGGCUUUAGAGCAGUCUCUGAAAGAUUUGCAAAUGGAAUAUGUCGAUCUGUACUUGAUGCACUUCCCUCAUGCUUAUAAGGCUGGCAAAAAGAACGCAACGAUAAGACAUCCAAGUGGCAACGGAAAGCCUGUCAUAGACUAUGAUCUCUCCAGGAGAUACCCGGAAACUUGGCAGGCAAUGGAAAGAUUAGUUGACUUGGGUCUAGCGCGCUCGAUUGGUCUUUCCAAUUUUAACAUUCUCAAGACCAAAAGAAUAGUUGAUAUCGCCAGAAUUAUGCCAGCAGUCAACCAGGUCGAAAUUCAUCCAUAUCUGCCGCAACAAGAGCUUUUUGAGUUUUCAUCCCGGCAUGGUAUUCUUCUCAUGGCCCACCAGCCUCUAGGUGGGCGUCCCGUUGAGGUAGUCCGUGGAUCCAAUGCACCAUCUCCGACAGUAGAUUCUAAGGUAAUCGAGAUUGCAACAAGAUACCAAAUAUCGCCGGCCCAGGUCUGUUUAUCUUGGGCAGUGCAAAAGGGGAUCCCUGUUAUCCCCAAAUCGGUGCAAGAUAGCCACCUGCAGCAAAAUAUCCAGCUGACAAGGCUCUCAGACGAAGACUUCCACGCUGUAGACCAGCUGUCUUCUGAGCGCGGCGCUGUCCGAUUCCUUGACCCGAGCCGACACUUGGGCUUUGAUAUCUUUGAUGAGGAAAACGACCAACCAGUGGCCAACAGCGCACCUUGGGACUCAAGCGAAUUAACGACAUAG